GCCAAGGAGGGAAGGUGCUCUUUAGAAACCCGUUGCUGUCUUUUCCACUGCCCCCACCUCCCAGGAGAGAGCUGACAUUCCCAGCACUGUUUACAUUCUUUUCUUCCUUGCCUCCCUGUUCCCCACCCCUUCCAGGACCUCCUCAUUUUGGGGCCACAGAUAAACUGUACCCCUGCAAACAAAGCCAUCUUCCUGCUCUGGGUGGAGCCUGGCCCCACCCUGAUCUGCAGCUCAGAAUCCCACCCUUCCUUUGCCCAUUCUUCUCCUACAUCCUCCCUCACCACUGGAUUAAACCUUUCAUCUCCUUGCAGGACCAGGGGGCAAUCCAACUUCCAGGAAGCAGAGAGCAUCCAUGAAGCAGCAUUUUCUCAGGAGCCCAGGACUGCUGGGGACAGGCUCAGGCACAAGAGAGGCAGGAGGUGUGACCAUGUGACCAAGAUUGAGAGGACUGAAAGUUGCUGCCAUCCGAAAAUUGAUGCUGAGUUCCAGAAAACCAGGGUGACCCAAAGUCGCUGCGCUACGUGUGGAGCUGGUCAUGGCAGGAGUGGGCACACUAUGGCAGAGAAGACACGGCCCGACUGACUUUUACAUAUCUUACUCCGGAUGUGGCUAAUGGAGAAGUCGGGCCUCCAUCUCGCACCCCUCCCCAACCCCCAUUUCUCUCUCGGACGCCGCACAUUGAAACUAUCGGCUGCUGCCCCUUUAAGGGCCGCCACUCCUCCUCCCACCCCCUCCCCAGCGAUGGCACCCAGGGAGUGGGGAUGGGGGGAGGCUGAGUUUUCAAGCCAGUCUACUAGGGAAGAUGGCCCAGGCUGGGGGAAUCGCUCCCACGCCCCGCCACCCCCUCUCCUGAGCCGAGUGAGCAGGGGACCCCUUCCCUCUUUCCCUCCCGCCCCACGCGCGACGCGGGAAUGGCUCCGUGGCCUCAAGGGAACAGCUCUCUGCCCCCUCGGCCAGAUGUCUCCACCCUGGCACCCAAUACUGCCAACACGAGUGGGCUGCCAGGGGUGCCGUGGGCGGUGGCACUAGCGGGGGCGCUGUUGGCUCCGGCAGUGCUGGCCACCGUGGGAGGCAACCUGCUGGUAAUCGUGGCCAUCGCCCGGACGCCGAGACUCCAGACCAUGACCAACGUCUUCGUGACUUCGCUGGCUACAGCGGACCUGGUGGUGGGGCUCCUGGUAGUGCCGCCGGGGACCACGUUGGCGCUGACGGGCCACUGGCCCCUGGGCGCCACUUGUUGCGAGCUGUGGACCUCGGUGGACGUGCUGUGUGUGACCGCCAGCAUCGAAACCCUGUGCGCCCUCGCGGUGGACCGCUACCUGGCCGUGACCAACCCGCUGCGCUACGGCGCGCUGGUCACUAAACGCCGCGCCCGGGCAGCCGUGGUCCUGGUGUGGGUCGUGUCCGCCGCCGUGUCGUUCGCUCCUAUCAUGAGCAAAUGGUGGCGCGUGGGGGCCGACGCCGAAGCGCAGCGUUGCCAUUCCAAUCCGAGCUGCUGCACCUUCGCCUCCAACAUGCCCUACGCGCUGCUCUCCUCCUCCGUCUCCUUCUACCUUCCGCUCCUGGUGAUGCUCUUUGUCUACGCGCGAGUUUUCGUGGUGGCUACGAGCCAGCUUCGUUUGCUGCGCUGGGAGCUGAGCCGCUUCCCGCCAGAGGAGUCUCCGCCGGCGCCGUCUCGCUCUCAGUCGCCAGCCCCGGGCCGGCCGUGGCCCUCGCCCGCGGGGGUGCCCUCCCACGGCCGGCGGCCGGCGCGCCUUCUGCCUCUGAGGGAACACCGCGCCCUCUGCACCUUGGGGCUCAUCAUGGGAACCUUCACUCUCUGCUGGUUGCCCUUCUUUGUGGUCAACGUGGUGCGCGCCCUCGGAGGCCCCUCUCUGGUGCCCGUCCCGGCUUUCCUCGCCCUUAACUGGCUAGGCUAUGCAAACUCUGCGUUCAACCCGCUCAUCUACUGCCACAGCCCAGACUUUCGCAGCGCCUUUCGCCGCCUGCUGUGCCGCUGCGGGCCGGAGGAGCACCUCGCGGCCGCCUCCCCUCCCCGAGCUCCCUCCGGCGCCCCUGAGACCCUGACCCACCCAGCCGAGUCCAGGCAGAGCCCGCCGCUCAACGAGGCUUCCUGGGGACUUUUUAGGCCUUGAAGAAACAGCUCUGUUGAUCCAGAACCUUUGGAAAGCCUCUGGCCUUGUACAGAAUGAGCCCUGUGGAGAUUCUCAGCUGGAAAACUCUGCUCUCCAAAACCUGAAGUCUGGGCAUGGGAGGGGAAGGGGGAAUUCCUUACCAAGUGGCUUUUCACCAACCUUUCCCUCUCUUUCUCUGAGAGAAGUUGUCUAAACCCCACCCUUGAACUUCACCACUACCUACCUCAGCAGCUGGAGUGCCCGGCUGCCCUUGAAAGAGCUGGCUGGCUUUGCUCGCUCGUGUGCUGUGUACUUAGGGCAAAGACAGCACCCUCAUUCCGAUCAUUCUGCUGCCCAGACCCUGAAGAACCACUCCAUAUCCUGGAGGCCCGGUGGCCCAGGCUGAGAACAGAAAGCUAGAAAAAAAUCGAGGUUUGAGGUUUUGUUCCUGGCCUUCUCACUAUGGCUCUCUAAGCACCAGCCUCCCUCACUUUAGACACUGGACAGCUCUGAUCUACCACACAGUCUGGUCAGAGGGACUUCUUUAGGUUUUUUGGGGGGUGGGGGGUGGGGGUGGACUCGUGGGUUCAUAGGAAGGUGAAACAUUAGAAUGGAUCCCUUCUUUUCCUUUAGACAUCCAAUGAAUAAAUAUUGCUGAAUGCAGCUUAUCUGUUGCUCUCUUUUCUCUCUAUUUGUUUUCUCUGCAUAAUCCACUUUCUCCCUUCCUAGAGCUGGCUUUUGACAGAGGCAAUAAAUUAAGACUAAUCCUUGCCUCUUUCUCCCCAAUCCUCAUGAAACAAAAAAUGGAAAGUCUGUUUGGGCAUAGGAGAUGGGAAUUUGAGCUUUUGACACUCCUGUCACACACCCCCCCUCCUUUCUGAAAUUCCUGGAAGCCAUGCUGUUCACAGAACUGAGCGGAGAACUGCAGAAGGAUGGAGUUACUGUUGCCAGGAACAGGGCAUCUAGUAUAUGCCAGCUCCCAUGCUAUAAGCCACUGGUGGAUUCGUAAGAUCCAAUUGCCACCAGCAAAGUGUUUUGUUCAGUGCUCUGUGUGUGGUGUGUCUGGAGGCAUAGACCAUUGCUUGUGUUGGGCAAAUGACUUGCUAUAUAAAUAUAUUCUGACAUUUCCCAUCCCUUCCAUAACCACUACCUUCUUACUCCCUGUCCUGGCCUGCGGCAGUCUAUGUUAUCCUCUGGAAGUAAAACUGGAGUAACAAGG